AUGAAUACCGAUAAUGAUAACAAUCCAACCAGCAAUGCAAGCAAUAAUGCAGCUAAUACGGCUAAUAAUGCAGUCAAUUCAAGUAAUAAUUCUGCUCUUAAUUUAAAUAAUUUAAAGCAGCAGCGAUCAACAGUGAAAAGGAACAUGACCUCGAUUCGAUCUAAAAUAGAGAAGGAGAAGGACGAAGUAGAUCCAACAAUUCUGGAAUGUCGACUACAAAUUCUAGAAUCUCAUUUCAAACAAUUAUGCCAUAUUCAAUCACAAAUCGAACAAUUAAAUCCAGAAGACAAUGCCAGAGCUGAUUUUGAAGAGCUAUUUGUUGUUUCAAAGGCGAAAAUACUUAAUUUGCUUAAAGAAACUCGAAGUAAUACUUCAUUUGAAAAUAGUGUGAUGAAUACAACAUCCAAUUUCAGUGUUGCCCACAAUUCUCGUUUACCAUUUUUAAAAUUGCCAAAAUUUGACGGAAAAUAUGCCAACUACAAUCGAUUUAUCGCAGCAUUUAAGCAUUUGGUGCACAAUGACCCAACCUUAUCUAAUGUCGAUAAAUUCAAUUAUUUAUUAUCAUGUCUUACAGGCCCUGCACUUGCAGUCAUCGAAGCCUUUCAAAUUACAGCAGAAAAUUAUCCAAAGGCUAUGGCACGAUUGAAAGAACGUUUCGGUAAUAAGGUAUUAAUAUUCUUAGACCACAUUACUGAACUCUUUAAUAUUCCAGGAAUGAUUAAAGCUGAUCCGGCUUCUCUACGUAAACUAAUUGAUACUGUUGCAGCAUUAAGAUCAUCGUUGCUUUCAUUGGGCUCAGAAGUAGAAGUUAUGAAUGCUAUUAUAAUUUAUAUAGUCCUAAGUAAAGUUGAUGCAGAAACAAAAUUUGCACAUGACGAAAAGCAAGAAUUUGAAAAAAUGCCCUCUUGGGACGAAUGUUAUAAGAUGUUAAGUCGGCGUUGUCAAUUUCUUGAAGGACGAGCUAAGUCUAUAAACGCUUCCGAAAAUAAAUCACGAAAUAAUUUUAAUACUGUACCAAGAAGAGUAUUACAAACGCAUCUCAGUGUCAAAUCUGGUUGUGAAUUUUGCAAGGCAGCUGACCACUUUUUAGGAAAAUGCCCUUCGUUUUUAGCAACGCCAGUUUCUCAGCGCUUUGACUUUGUUAAGAAAGCAGGCUGCUGCAUAAAUUGUUUGACAAAAGGGCACUCCGUUACAAAAUGUAAAUUCGAAUCACGUUGCAGAAUUUGUCGUUCAUCACAUCAUACUCAUUUACACAAAUUUACAAAUACUUUGAUUAAUUCAUCAAUUAGUUGUCCAAGUAUCGCAAUUCAAGAGCAAGGACAGCUACAACAAUCUAACAGCGCUGUAACAUCAUUAUUAAUUCAGUCUUCAAAAAGAGCAAUUAUUCCUACUGUUCUGGUAUUUGUGAUGGACAAGUUUGGGCUUAAGCAUCCAGUGCGCGCACUUUUAGAUUCCUGUUCCGAAUUAAACUUUAUUACAGAGGAAACAGCCAAAUUAUUGCAUUUAAAAUGGCAAUACUCUACUCAAGAAGUCUUUGGUAUUUCCAAUUUGAAAACACAUUUCAAUUAUAAUGUAUAUGCAACUGUGCAUUCUCGCACGUCCGAUUUUGAAUGGUCUUCUCAGUUUACAAUUACGAAAUCUAUUUCCUCCGUAAACCAUAGAGCCUACAUUAAUGUAACAAAAUUUCAAAUUCCUACUAAUAUUCAAUUAGCGGAUCCAUUAUUCGAUAGACCUUGUCAAGUGGACAUGCUGAUUGGUGCAGAAAUCUUCUUUGAUUUAUUACUUGAUGGCAAAAUUUCGUUAGGCAAAGACAUGCCAUAUUUAAUUAACACUGUUUUCGGUUGGGUAGCAGGAGGCACGCAUAGUACAGACUUAUGUUCUAAAUCAUUUGAAUGCAACUUUACUCAAAAAUCACACAAUGAAGAUACAUUUCUUGAACGAUUUUGGGAAUUAGAAGAAUACAAAAUAAGCUCCCCGCAACUCAGCGCAGAGGAGAAAAAUUGCGAACAGCACUACAUCAAAACAGUAACAAUCAGCGAAAAUGGGCGAGUUCAAGUAAGAUUACCUUUUAAAGUCAACCCCGAUGUUUUAGGAAAAUGA